CACGCCUGCCUCAGACAGGACUGGACAGUUGGAUUUGUAGGCAGUUUCUGACACCGAGCUCCCGGCCUCGGUUGGUAGGCGAUCGCUUUGGGAAUCCUCCAGCCCCACGAGGACCAAAAACCAAAGACUCCAAGGCAUACAAAUUCAGCACAGCUGACUCAGAGAGGUGGAAAGGAAAUUGGGACAAUAAGUCAAAAUGUCUUCUGGAGGGGGAUAUUGCCAGCCAGAAUAACCGUGAGAGAUGCAAGUAUAGUCCUGGAAACAAACAGUGCAAUCCCUUUAAAGCCCUAAAGGAUGAAGAUCUUCCUGUAGAGAAGUAUUUAAUGGAAAGGCAGCCUGUGGGUGAAUCAACUACAGACCAGGUAGCUAUGGGUGUGCUGCACAGCCCCAUCCUCCAGCUGGAAAAGAAAUGCAAAGUCUCAAGUGACAGCAGCCAGACUGAGACUACUGCAGAGAAGUUGCCAGAGGACUCUUUCCUAAAAAAGAAGCAAAAACAGGUUUAUAUAGGGUUUCAUCCUAAGAAACAUCACUUGAUGCACCUUAGAGAACAGUGGGAGCAGCAGGUUUUGGCAGCAGAGAGCAAACCUGGUCUGCAAGGCAGGAGGGAAGUGACCCAGACAGUUCAGCCUGAGGUCACUGCCUGGGAUUAUGAUAUCAUGAAAGAGAAACUCUGCAGGAAAAGGGCAGAGGCCAAAGGCAAUAGAAGCUGGUUGGAAGAAUCUCUCAAACCCAGUGACAAUGAAGAAGCCUUGCCUAUGUUCUCAGGCCGUCCACCAAAGAAGAAGCUUUUAUCCAACAAUGCAAGCCGCCAAAAGCUGUCUCACUCACGCUGCAUACCAUCGGUGAGGCUGCCUGAUAAGCAGCAGAAAGUUAGAGAGAGCGUUAAGACAGAUAUGCUGUGCACAAACAAGGAAGAGGAUUGCCCUGCUACCUCCCUACUGGAGAAAUACAGCAACAACAGUGAGAAGCCGUCUGGGAAGAGACAGUGCAAAACUAAGCACUUGAUACCUCAGGACCUGAGGCAGGGGUUCCUGCUAACAGGGGGCUGCUACAUUGAGAAUGCUGAUGGCAAGUCAGCUGUCCCAAGAUUCAGAAAGCAGCUUGAACCCAGUUCCAACUAUGAUCUGACAUUAUCCAAGCAGGAGCUGAAGCCCUUCAACUGCUUGCAAGAGUUGCUACCAGCUUCCCAGGACAUGACGUUGCCACACUCAUGUUCCCCUCAAGAAACCAACCAAUCUUGCCUAGUGCUGCUGAGAGCAAAGAGAAUUAUUGUUGAUAGGCAUGCUGGUGAGACUCUCCUGCAGCAGGCAGCAUGGCUUGGCUAUGAGGAUUUGGUCUUGUACUGCCUGGAGAACAAGCAUUGUGAUGUGAAUCAUCAAGACAACGCAGGUUAUUGUUCUCUACAUGAAGCUUGUGCACGUGGAUGGCUCCAUAUUGUGCAGCACCUUCUUAGAUAUGGUGCUGAUGUUAACUGCAGUGCCCAGGAUGGAACCAGGCCUCUCCAUGGUGCAGUUGAAAAUGAUUGUUUGGAAAUUGUCCGCCUCCUCCUUUCCUAUGGUGCUGACCCCACUUUGGCCACCUAUGCAGGCAGAACCAUUAUGAAAAUGACCCACAGCAAAGUUAUGGAAAUGUUUCUAACAGAUUACUUAAAUGAUCUACAGGGUUGCAGUGACAAUAAGCUGAAUAGCUCUUGGGAGUUCUAUGGCAGCUCUGUCUGUGAACCAGAUAAUGAAGGGGGAUCCAAUGUUUUGGCAAACCCCCCAGGACCAGAGGACCAGGAUGGUGACAAUGACGCUUGCAGUGAUGUGUUUGAAUUUGAAUUUUCAGAUAGCCCCCUCUUACCUUGUUAUAACAUUCAAGUUUCAUCUUUGCAGGGACGACAAAACUGGUUAUUGCUUUCAGAUGUACUUAAGAAACUGAAAAUGUCAUCCUGCAUAUUUCGCUGUAAUUUUCCACAUUUGAAAAUUAUCCCAAUUGCAGAGGCGGAGUUUUACAGACAGGUUUCAGCAAGUAUCUUGUUCUCUUCCUCCAAAGACUUGGAAGCCUUCAAUCCAAAAAGCAAUGAACUACUAGAUUUACUAGAAUUUACAAAUGAACUUCAGAUUCUUCUUGGGUCCUCUCUGGAGUGCUUAAAUCCCAGGGAUGUGGCCUUGGAGAAGGACCACUGAGGAGAAGUCAAGUCCCACUGUAUACUCUGUGUUGUAGUGUUCAUCCUUGUUUAUGUUUCUCAAAGUACAACUAUUUCUUUGGAGAAGGGACAUUAUUACAUUUGACAAUAUUUCAGCUUUAUGUAAGAUGAACACUCUAGCUAGAAGACCUAGAAAGAUGUUGUUUUAUUUUAAACUUUUGUUAUGAAAUUACUGAAAUGUUUCUUUAAUUUUAAAUGUGUGGAAACUGCUUUGAAUAAAUUUGUUUACAUUUGGAACAUCUUUUAAAAGGAAAAUAGAAUGAGGAAAAAGAGCCUUAUGUAUUCACUUUUUUCCACACAAAGCUCUGAUGACAGAGAUCAUUAACAUUUAUAAAAAAUGUCAUCAAAAUUGAGAAAGUGUUUGGGAUAAUAAAUUUAGUAAAAGCAUUUGA